CUACCGUUAAACGUUAGGGUUAUUUUUUAUCAGCACUUUGUACAGCAUAAGACCAAACUGUUUUCUCGCUUAAAGGAUUCUACCCAUGUUAAAUGGAGAAUCCGACCGCUUCUACGGAAAACCCGAUUAUUUCCACGGAAAAGCCGAUUGUUUCCACGGAAAACUCGCCUAUUUCCACGGAAAACCCGAUUGUUUCCACGGAAAACCCGCCUAUUUCCACGGAAAAAACAGUUGUUUUCACAGAAAACUCGCCUAUUUCCACGGAAAACCCAAUUCUUUUCACAGAAAACUCGCCAAUUUCCACGGAAAAUCCGAUUGUUUCCACGGAAAACCCGCCUAUUUCCACGGAAAAAACAGUUGUUUUCACAGAAAACUCGCCUAUUUCCACGGAAAACCCAAUUCUUUUCACAGAAAACUCGCCAAUUUCCACGGAAAACCCGACUGUUUCCACGGAAAACUCGGGUAUAUGCUCCAGGAAAGCAUGUCAAAAAUAUUUCAGUUUGGGAUAUGAUAAGCCUGUUGAUUUUGUUCAGUCUCAAUUUGAGUGUGGAAGGAAACUGUAUAUAGUAUGGCGUGCAUUUUGGGCCAUUUACCAUUUGACUGGCAUUAUCGCAUGUGCAAUACUGCGAAGAGCAGGAAAUGGUUUAUAUAUCUGACUAACUGGAGUUAUUUCUGCCUCACGCUGGACGCGCUACUGGAAUUCAUUGCAGUCGUCUUCGUUCGCCGGACACGACCAGAUAUAUUAUCUGGUGACUGUACGGUGACGCCGUGGUAUUUAAAAGUUGUGUGGUUUGUUUAUAACCUUAGUUCCUGCAGCGCUGUCCUCGUCACAUCGCUGUACUGGUCUCUCCUCCAUAAACCUGGUGAACAUAUAACGAUCACAACUCUUAUCGAGCACGCCCUGAAUGGCGUCUACGUGAUUCUGAACCUGCCAGUCACCGCGGUUCCUUUCAAGAUUUACCAUAUGUACCAGACCAUGAUAUUUGGCGUUGUCUACAUCACAUUUACCAUCGUGUAUCAAGCACUGGGCGGUACCAACAGACACGACAAACCAUACAUCUACCCUCAGAUUGACUGGAACCAUCCUGGAACUGCUGCCAUGUUCUCAGCAGGCUCAACGUUUGUGGCGAUUCCGCUGAUUCAUUCACUGUUAUAUUUAUUGUGCUUGGCUCGAACUGCGGUGUAUAAACGUUACCAGACAAGACCCGAAGCCAGCAUGGUUUGACAGACUGCUACGUGUAGACAGAACAGGAAUAGCAUGGUCUUUAACGACAUCCUCAGCGCAUUAAAAACUAUAACUAUUUAGAAAGUCAAA